CUCGGAGCUCACAGCUCACGGCAGGGUGUGUUUGUUUUCAGUCUCACAGCAGGAUGAGCGUGAUGAAGCGAGCGGUGCUGCUGCUGCUGCUGCUGGCGGUCGGAUCCAAUGGAGACCCCACCGUAGACCCCACCGUAGCCCACACCGUAGCCCACACCGUAGCCCACACCGCAGCCCCCACCGCAGACCACACCGCAGCCCCGGACCCCUGCCACGAUCUGAACAACAAAAUCCACCUGAAAGACCUGCACAAGUUGGAGGGUGAGUGGGUUCUGUUCUGGUCUGUUUCCGAUCAUGACGACGGCCACAGCAUGCUGUCCAACCUCAAGAGCUCCCAUGUCGAGAUACACGCUGACAACGAAACCUUCAUCAUGACAGAGAGGAACUUGUACAAGACUGGUCCAAACCGGCGUGAUUAUUUCAUCAACGAGACGCUGGUCCACAAUGCUGACGACCACGACCACCACAACAUCCACUCCGACAACGUCAGGUUGGAGGUUGAUGGACAGCAUGAGGACUACAAUGACACCGCUGAUAUAAUCUUCUAUGAGACCUGCCCCGAAUGCAUGCUGAUGACCUACAACGUGAAAGAAUACCGUUUCCUGCUCAGCUACAGGAAGGAUGGGCACCAUCGGGACCCUGAGAAGGUGAAGACCGUCCACGAUGAUCACAAGCAACAUGCUGAGUGUCUGAAAUUCCCUCAUGACAAACCAUACAGCUACGACGGAGUUGCAGAUUUCGCUCAUAAGAAAUCUGCUCCACCAACGGAGCCACCGGCACCUGAUGCUCACGCGUCCUGAACCAACGAAAAACAAAUCAGAGAAAGACAAAGAAAAUAAAAGCAAAUUCUGAACCCUGA